AUGUCUACCUUUGGCAAAAUCUUCAAGGUUACUACCUACGGCGAAUCCCACUGCAAGUCUGUCGGCUGCAUUGUCGACGGCGUUCCUCCUGGUUUGGACCUCACCGAGGCCGAUAUCCAACCCCAGCUUACUCGCAGAAGACCCGGUCAGAGCAAACUCUCGACUCCUAGAAACGAGGCCGACCAGGUCAUUAUCCAAUCUGGCACUGAAUUUGGCAAGACUCUUGGUACCCCCAUUGGCAUGAUUGUCAAUAACAAGGAUCAAAGACCCCACGACUACACCGAAACUAACAAGGACUCAGACGGCUUCCCCAGACCUUCCCACGCCGACUACACUUACCUCUCCAAGUACGGAAUCAAGGCUUCCUCCGGUGGUGGUCGUUCUUCUGCCAGAGAAACCAUUGGCCGUGUUGCUGCUGGCGCUAUUGCUGAAAAGGUCCUUAAGCUCAAGUCUAAUGUUGAGAUUGUUGCCUUUGUCUCGGCUGUCGGCCCCGUCAGCAUGAACCGUGAUCCCUCCGACCCCAAGUUCAUUGAGCUUCUCAACACAAUCACCCGUGACCAGGUCGAUGAGUCUGGUCCUAUUAGAUGCCCUGACUCUGAGACCGCUGCCAAGAUGACCAAGCUUGUCGAGGAACACAGAGACGCCAAGGACAGUGUUGGUGGUGUCGUCACCUGUGUCGUCCGCAACAUUCCCGUUGGUCUCGGUGAGCCCGUCUUUGACAAGCUCGAAGCUUCCAUUGCCCACGCUAUGCUCUCUAUUCCUGCUACUAAGGGUUUCGAGAUUGGCUCCGGUUUUACUGGUGCUACCAUGUCUGGUUCCAAGCACAACGAUCCCUUCUACAAGGAUCCCGAGACUGGAAAAUUCCGCACAACGACCAACUAUUCUGGUGGCAUCCAGGGUGGUAUCACCAACGGUGAGAACAUUUAUUUCUCAGUCGCCUUCAAGCCUCCUGCCACUAUCUCCCAGGAGCAGAAGACUGCCAACUACAAGGGUGAGGAGGGUGUUCUUGCUGCUCGUGGCAGACACGAUCCCAACGUUGUCCCCCGUGCCAUCCCCAUUGUUGAGGCCAUGGCUGCCCUUGUUUUGGCCGAUGCCCUGCUUAUCCAGGCUGCCCGUGAAUCUACUUUCUCUUAUAUUCAAAAGUCUUCGGCCUAA